AUGGCUCAUGCACUCAUCUUUGGCGCUUCUGGGAUAUCAGGCUGGUCGUUGCUGAACCAAACGAGAGUCUAUCCUUCGGCCACUUCCUUUGCCCGCAUCACUGGAACCACCAACCGCCCAUUGAGCCUGGAGCAGGCCCAGCUACCAAGGGAUGAUCGCGUGCAGCUUGUCCACGGAGUCGAUCUCACAAAGUCUGUGGAUCAGGUUGUGCGGUCCCUAAAAGAUAAGAUUGCCGAUGUGCACACCGUGACACACGUGUUCUUCACAGCCUACAUUGAGAAGGAGGGCUUCCAGGCGCUCAAGGAGAUCAAUACACGACUUCUGGAUACUGCCGUGCGAGCUAUAGAUGCAGUCGCACCAGGUUUGCAGUCAUUCAUUUUGCAAACAGGUGGAAAGGGUUAUGGUCUUGAAUUCCCAAAGGAGGUAUCAAUUCGCCCGCCUCUCACCGAAAGUAGCCCGCGUAUCCCUGAGCCGUGGGCCAGUGACAUUUUCUACUACUCACAAUAUGAUCGCCUGGCGGAGCUGUCGCGUGGCAAAUCUUGGACCUUUACUGAAAUCCGGCCCGACGGCAUCAUUGGCUUCACGCCCGUCACGAACCCAAUGAACCUGGCCCAAGGCAUUGCGUUGUACCUCGAGAUCUACAAGGAGGUCCAUGGUGCCGGCGCCAGAAUUCCCUUUCCAGGUCAGCAGCACGGCUACCAGUCGACACACACGGAUACAUUUCAGGAUCUCCUAUCCCGCAUGGAGAUCCACGCCGCUCUCAACCCCGACAAGUGCGGCGGCGGUGGCAUCUUUAACGUGGCUGACGGCAAGGCAGUGACCUGGCAACAGGUAUGGCCCCGCCUCUGUGAGCACUUUGGCCUGGUAGGCACAGGGCCCGACCCGUCCUCGUCGACGCCGCUGCUCGAGUUUGUGGACAAGCACAAGCACGUCUGGAAGACCAUUGCCCAGCGACACGGGCUCAAGGAGACCUUGGCCGAGGAACAACAUUGGGGGUUCAUUGAGUUCAUGCUCGUGCAGUUCAAUUUUGACAGGCACUAUAAUCUGCAGCGUUCACGCGAGGUUGGAUUCACCGAGGAGAUUGACACGGUCGAGGGAUACAAGAUUGCGUGGGAGCGGAUGAGAAAGGCCAAAAUGUUGCCCUAG